AUGACGUUCACAUGCCCAUUCGGGACCUUUGCUUAUAGACGCAUGCCAUUCGGCUUGUGUAAUGCUCCUGGCACCUUCUCAAGAUGUAUGAUGGGAAUUUUCAGCGAUAUGAUCGAGAAAAUUGUUGAAGUCUUCAUGGAUGACUUCUCUGUGUUUGGCGACUCUUUUGAGUCAUGUCUUGCCAAUUUGGAGAAGGUCUUAACGAGAUGCGAGGAGAAAAAUUUGGUUCUCAACUGGGAGAAGUGCCAUUUUAUGGUCACUCAGGGGAUUGUGCUCGGACAUAUCGUAUCGGCCAAGGGUAUCAAGGUAGACAAGGCCAAGAUUGACCUUAUUUCCAAUCUCCCUACUCCGAAGUGCAUUAAAGACAUUCGGUCCUUCCUUGGCCAUGCCGGUUUCUAUCGGCGCUUCAUCAAGGACUUUAGUGCAAUCUCAAGGCCGCUUUGCCACCUUUUAUCCAAAGAUGUCCCCUUUGAAUGGACUACUGCAUGUGAGCUAGCGUUCAUUAAGCUCAAAGCUAGUCUCACCACACUGCCCAUUGUUCAAAUGCCCGACUGGAAUCUUCCAUUUGAAUUGAUGUGCGAUGCGAGCGACUAUGCCGUCGGGGCCAUUCUUGGCCGAAGAAAGGACAAGCAUCCGUGGGUGAUUUAUUAUGCAAGCAAGACGCUGAAUGAUGCUCAAAUGAACUACUCCACUACGGAGAAAGAACUUCUUGCCAUAGUAUUUGCCUUGGACAAAUUUCGGUCUUACCUAGUUGGUACUCCGAUCAUGAUUUAUACCAAUCACUCAGCACUCAAAUACCUUUUCACCAAGCAAGAUGCAAAGGCCCGUUUGAUCCGGUGGAUCCUUCUUUUACAAGAAUUUGACAUCACCAUCAAGGAUAAGAAGGGGCUUGAUUCCAACCCAUUGUUUUCUGUGAGGAAGACUGCCGCCAAGAUACAACAAUGUUGUUUUUAUUGGCCGACUCUGAAUCGAGAUGCUUACGCCUUCUGCAAAUCGUGUGACCGAUGCCAAAAGUUGGGCAGUGUGACCCGGAGGAAUGAAAUGCCCCAAGCCAAGUUUCUUGUUGUUGAAGUAUUUGACUGUUGGGGUAUCGACUUUAUGGGACCAUUUCCUAUGUCUUUUGGCAACUUGUACAUCCUCUUAGCGGUCGAUUAUGUGUCACGUUGGGUUGAGGCCAUUGCCACUCGUACCAAUGAUCACAAGGUGGUGCUCGAGUUUCUUAAGGAGCAUAUCUUGUCUCGGUUUGGGGUCCCUCGUGCCAUUAUUAGCGACCAAGGUUCUCAUUUUUGCAAUCAGCCAUUCGCCGCCUUGAUGAAGAAAUAUGGUAUAACGCACAAAGUCUCCCUCGCAUAUCACCCUCAAACCAACGGUCAAGCCGAGCUCGCCAACCGUGAGGUAAAACGUAUUCUUGAGAAAACGGUAAAUCCCAAUCGGAAGGAUUGGUUUUUAAGAUUGACUGAUGCUCUUUGGGCGUAUCGUACAGCAUACAAGACCAAUUUGGGCGCUUCGCCCUAUCGACUUGUAUAUGUUCACCGUAAACUCCAAUUGAAUGAGCUUGAGGAAAUCCGUAGAGAUGCAUAUGAUAACACUAACGUUUACAAGUCUAAGUUGCGUUCCCGUUGGAUUGGCCCUUACAUUGUGCAUCACAUUUUCCCGCAUGGGGCCAUUGAAGUUGUUAAUCCCGUGAAUGGAAAUAUUUUUAAGGUCAAUGGGCAGCGACUUAAGUCAUUUUUGGAAAACUUUUCGGUAGCGAAAAUUGAGGAAGAGUUGGUUGCACCGGUGUAUCCGGUUGACCUUGCUGUUUGA